AUCGGACGAAGAAGCGUUAUAAAUAUUUAUAAUUCAAGCUCGUUCAUUUUACAUUAAUUGUCUGAUUGUUGAUUGAAAUCGAAAUGUUAGUAAACUGACGAAUGGAUAUAUUCAAUCAGUCAUUUUCAGUUGGACUAAUAAUUUUCAAAAUCACAGGUAAUACAAAAACAAAUUACUCAAACAUUCACGUAUUUAUACGUACAUGUAUUUAUACAACUGCGUUAUACAACUAAAUAUAUAAUUUUUAUGAAUAUUUCGAAAUAUCGACAAAACAGUAUUUAAAAUUGAUUUUUACAUCACCAUGGAAUUAAAGACAACUGUACAUACAUACGUCCUCCUUUGCAACGAAAUAGUCUAAUAUCAAGUAAAGACAUUGAAGAUGAAAAAAGUGUAAUUAAUUAAUGGAACUGGUUCUCUGUGUAGUGAUACAAUCUCCAAAUAUUUCUCGAUAAAUAUCAUGUAAAUAUUUCAUUUGCUUGUGGAUAAUUGGCUACAGAAUGAAAGCGGACGCAACAGAGUCUCCACAGAGGUCUCAAAGUAGCAGAUUUGAAAGUCCAGUUUCGUCGAGGUUUAAGCUCAGCUUAACGAGAACGCGCAAGUUUGCAGGAAAAAACAUAGCCUCAGCUGUUUUGCAACAACGUCAGGCACUCCGUGUGAUAGAGAAUGACGUUGACGUCACCCCGAAAUUACUGACCCAUCCAACUUACAGUUCAAUCGACGAGAAACAAAUAACUGCAUUCGAAACAAUGGGCUUAUCACAGAUCAGCAGUGUUGGUACACUGUCCCUCAUCUCCAGUUUGAAUUUUGCAAAAAGAAGUUCCUCUGUGAUCGUGAGAACCUCGUCGAUUCUUUCCGAUUCGAUGACCGAUGAUACAUUGUUUGAAAGCUUAUUAUCCACUCAGACAGAUGAGUUUGUGUUUGAAGACGAAGAUACAGCUCCUCCUCAAUUUUAUCUACCUAGAGAAGAUCCAAAUAUUUUUCCAACUCGACCUGAUACUGUGACGCUCACUUUAAGAGAAACGGAGACGUUCUUUAUCUUUGAGAUGCAACCUCGCACUGCAGAUUUACUCACGUCGGAGGGUGUAGCGGUUAAACAAGAGAACGAGAACUACGAAUACAAAACGAUCGGACCUGGCUCGACUAGGAAAUUAGUAGAUGCCGAAACUCAGACCAUACAAGUGCUCAUGAGAUCUCGAGGAACGUACCUUUCGAGAAAGUCACGUCGAAAUCGGGGCAUGUUCGUGAAUAAUUGGGAGAUGUACGACACUUACCAUGCUCCUGAAUUAAUGCUUGAAAGAAAUGGUCUGCUCGUAGUGCAUAGAAAAGAAUCUAUACAAGAAAUGUUAGACGCAAUGACUUUGAAAACUAAACUACCGAAGCCAGAGACAUACGUGAAGAAGACCGACCUUGAGGAGCAGAUAUAUAUAUUCCAACACAUCAAUUUCCGGAAUGCCGUGCAAAUAAUGGAGCGUAUAAUAUCAAACAACAUUUUCAUUAACGCUCAAAAGCGUUUCACUGGCCUAAUUAAACAAGAUCUGUGCAGCCUUGACUUGGAGUUCACGUAUAGCCCAGAUCUCCUUUGGAUCCACGAUUGUAAAGAAGCUUCGGGAAGACUGGUAUCCUCCUUCUGCUGGAAUUACGUUAACAGAAAUAUUGUAGCCGUUGGAUACGGAGCACGAGAUAAUUCAGAUAUUAAAGACGGUCUGGUGUUACUCUGGUCUGCGAAGAAUCCUGGUGUACCAGCUCGUUGGUAUACUUUCAACAGCCCGGUCUCGGAUCUCGAUUGGAGUCGUGAACGACCAAAUUUACUUGCUAUCGGUUACUACAACGGCGAGAUCAAGGUGAUCGACGUGAGCAAUCCAGAUCUCAACGUUGUACGACGGAGCGAAAAGGCCACGUCUUCCUCGACUUCUCCGCAUUGGCAAGUUCAGUGGUGGCCAGGUGACGAGCAAUACGAAUACCAAGAACAGAUUUAUACGUGCAAUCAGGAUGGUUGCGUGUUCUGCUACCGAUACGUCGAAGAUUUCACUUCGUCGACGAUAAUGAAGAUUUACAGGAUAGAGGGAACGCUGCCGGGCGUCACCAGGACGGUCCCAUGUAACCAAUAUCAUACAUCAAUUAAUCGAAGUCCCGGAGCAUUGGUGCUACGAAAACAUCCUACUUUAAGCACCAUUUAUUUCGUUGGUACGGACGAAGGUUGCAUUUACAAGUGCUCCACGAAUUAUCUAUAUCAGCAUAUAGACAGUUUUCUGGCGCACGAUGGACCAGUUUACUCGAUGAUGUUUUCUCCAUUCUGUCCAAAAAUUUUCUUAACAUGUGGCGCCGACUGGUGCAUUCGAAUCUGGGCUGAAAACCUAACAGAGCCACUAAUUACAUUGUCUACGACCAUGGCGUGCGUUCGAUACGCAGCCUGGUCUCCCAUCCAUUCUACGAUCAUAGUAAGCAUCGUCAACAACGAGAUUUGUAUAUGGGAUAUCAGACGGAAGACAUACAAGCCUGCGUCGGUGACAAUUUCACCUAAUAGCGAUAGGUUUGUUAUGGUUGAUUUUACGGCGAAUGGUAAUCAGCUUGUGGUAGCGGAUGUCAAGGGUGUUGUAUAUGUGUAUAAUCUCGAAGGAAUGCCGUUUCCGCCGUACAAUCAGCAACAGGUGUUGGUAGACUCGAUCGAGAAAGCUUUAAUUACGAAGCCAAUACUUCUAAAGAAUUUAAAGAAACUUGGAUCACCGUUCUCUUGAUAGCAGCAUCGAAGAAACUAGAAUCGAAUUACGUUGUUCUAAGCCAGUUGUGACUUCUUCAGAAGUCAAACUCAGAGACUAGAACUUCUUACCAGCUCUUCAAUUUUAUUAUCAUUUUAUUACACAGAACUUUGUAUCUCCCAGCUUAUACAGUCGGCUUCUUUACUUUUAUUGAAUUCAUUUCAUUCUAUAGAAUAUUCCAAUGAAUUAUAUCAUGAGUUGAUCAGUCUGACUUCUGAACGGUUCGUACGAUUAUGUGCAUAUACUGUCACGCGAUAUCGCAUCGUGAAACGAGGAUUCGGAUUACCGUACAUUUGAUUUUCAAUAACCUGCCAGCGGCGCGAUGGUUACAAUGUUCCCCUCCAUGCUUAUCCCGUGGACCUUGACUGUUAGCCAGAUCGUUACGUGGGACGUAUAUGAUAUUUUAGACUUCUUUAUCGGCCGUGCAGCCAGAGGCGAAAUCCAGCACGUGGGGACCCCUUUCGGUCCCCCGAAGCGAAGCGUGCCCAAGGGGCCUUGCGUGAUUCGCGCAAAGCACGGAAAGCAAAGCGACCAUUUCGAUUCAGGAUGGAACUGCGGUGUGCCGGGGCCUACUCUGAGGUCUGGUAGGUAGGCAAGUCGGCACGGAUGGCUGGCUGGCUUGCUUGGAGGAGUUGCAGGAGAGUGCCAUGGUAGAGGGGCUUCCCUGGCUGCUGCCGCUUGCGGGCACGAACCGCGCUACCGCCGUCAGCAGGCAGUCUUAUUACGCCCGCACUCAACUACGCGAACUAAGUACUCUUCUUAGGUCGGCCACACAUCGAAUAACAAUCGCGGUACCUGGCUUAACGCGUAAAUUCGGGGUCUACGCGUUGAACGGUGCUCGUUGUUCUUCGCUCUCUGAAAAUCAUGAAUCUUCCGCGUAUCGGAGAGAUGUAACAUUGCCUUUUGUACGUACGAUUGAACGGUUCGGUCACAGCGGCGGCUAGCAUUUUCGGAAACGAUCUUGAAAUCAGUUAACGAAUCGAGUUGCCGGCGAGGAACCUUCGAGUUCGAUCGGCCGGCGAGGACCCGCUGCCCGGUCAGAGGUAACUUUAGAACGAUAAAGCGUGUUUCUGCAUGGAGAUAUUCCGGAGCUGAGUACUUGUUUCUUUUUCUUUCUUCCUUUUUUUUUUUUCAUCCUUCUUGAAAGUGUAAUUCCGGCAUUUUGUCGCGGUGCCCGUGUGCAAUUCAGUUGAUAGCCAUGAAAUAUUAAUCGUGAAAUUUAUUAUACGUUCACGCAUAAUAAACGUGUAUGAAAUUAUUAGUAACAAAUUUUUACUUAAACUUUCAGCAAAAUGACAAGUUUUAGGUUAAGGCGCGAAAUUCGUAUGUUCUAUUCAAAAAGUGUGACGUCUCCUCUCCUCCCUGUGGCGCUUCAAAUUGACGAAUCAAAAUUCGACAGACGCACUUGACCUGGAAUGUCAGUUGUACGUGCGACGCGUGAAGGAACGGGUGUCGCGAGUUUUGUGUGAA